AUGGAGGCUGCCGUGGUGACCGCAUCGCAUGGAGCUAUGGGCUCCCUGAUAGCGAAGCUUGGUGAUUUGCUCACAGCUGAGUACAAGCUGCUCAAAGAAGCUAAGGGGCAGAUUUUGUUCCUCAAAGCUGAGCUUGAGAGCAUGCAUAGGUUCCUAAAGGAGAUCUCAGAUACAGAACAGCCUGAUGAACAGGACAAGUGCUGGGCCAAGGAGGUACGUGAGCUGUCUUUUGACAUCGAAGAUAGCAUCAGUGAGUUCAUGCUCCGUGUGGAACCCAAUUCAAGCAGCAAGCCACGCGGAUUCAUGGGUUUCAUGAAUAGGAGCACGAAGUUGUUGACGACCAUGAACAUUCGGCAUGACAUCGCCAAAGAGUUUGAAGGCCUUAAGGUCCGUGUUGUGCAGGCGCAGGAGCGGCGCAAGAGGUACCAGAAGACUGAUGAUGUUACCUCUAAGUCAGUCAACACAAUCAUUGAUAUUCGGUUGUUAGCAAUGUUCGCAGAAGCAUCAGGCCUUGUUGGUAUGGAUGGCCCCAGGGAUGAACUAAUUCAGUUGAUGGGUGGAGAGAAUGAGCUAAAGGUGCUCUCUAUAGUUGGAUUUGGAGGCCUAGGAAAAACUACCCUUGCAAAUGAGGUUUAUUGCAAGCUUCAGGGUGAGUUUCAGUGCCGAGCCUUUGUGUCUGUGUCCCAAAAAACAAACAUCAGGAAGCUUCUGAGAACUAUGCUAUCUCAAGUUGGCUUUGUAGCUCCUAUGGACACCAACAUGGAAUUGUGGGAAAGAAUCUGA